AUGGCAAAAACAGACCCAAAAGCAAACUGGCAACCUGCGAAAGUUAAAAAAGAGAUCGCUCCAAGAUCAUACCUGAUAACAGAUAACAACGACAGAGUCUUAAGGCGAAAUCGAUCACAUUUGAUGAAAGUUCCAGAACCAAGUUCCACAAACGCGGAGACAAGAUCAACUCGUACGUCUGGUGAAACAAGACCAGCCAGCAGUGAACAAGAAGUACAAAGUGAAAGACAAACCACACAAGUUGAGUAUAGCAACCUGUCGGAGAAAGCAGGAUUAGUGACUUCACGGUAUGGUUGAACAAUAAAACCAAAUCGUAGGUAUACAUCUGAACAAUAAAGAAAACAUUGCCAUAUACACUUAUAUAUUAUAAUAAAUACUACUUAACAUUUUAACAUUUACUGUCGCAGGAAGAGAAAGGACUUCAAAGGAGAAAUGCUAGGGAAGAAAUGAACUGGAGACAGAUGCGAACAGUAUAUAAACCUUUAAAAAAACUUAAUAUUUUGACUUGUUCUAGUUUAUGAUUACUUAUGUUAGGGAUUUGUUAACGUUGCUAAAGAAAGGGAGAUGUAACAUGAUACUUAGAGGUCUGGGGCGACUUGUGGUUGUCCAAUAUGGCUGCCUGAAUAAACAACUUAUUACAGCUCCUAAGUGGCUUUUUCCUUCUGUUGUAAUAUUAACUUCUUCUCCAAAGAUCUGCUCUGCUUCUUUGGCCAAUUCUUGUGACCAUUUACUAGAUAACCAUAUCAGUCCUUUCCUUCCCCUUCCAGGUACUUGUACCAAUUAUGUAAAUGUACCAGUCUUCCUCCUACUGCUGCUGAGUCAUCGGCCAGCCAUACUUGUUUGACUUCUGGUAUAUUUAAUCUCAGACGUGAAUCAUUACAGCUGUGUCAAGUAACUGAGUACCAGGGCAUCGCUAGAGGAUCGCCUUGUGUGGUACCUUCCUGCGACAAGAUCUCACCUCCCCCACAUAUGAAGAGCCUGGAGGGACUUCUGCAGGUGUUGAUAAUGUACAUGGACAUUUUAUUGCAGGUUAACUGA